AUGGCCUUUUCAGUCGAUUCAAAUGUCAAUAUGAUUCGGUAUUUGGGCACUGAAAAAAUGAAUGAGAUAGUUGAAGAGAUGCCGAAAGAUUUGUUAGAAGUGGUAUCUAACAUUGUGGCAACUGUGGAUAAGGAAGGAAGAGGGCCGAAUGGUAAAAUCGAUAUGGCUAAGACUGUUAACAUCCAAUACAGUCCACAAAUUCAACGCACUGCUUCUCGAAUCAGAAUGAUAAUUGGAUCGUCUAUAGAUCCAACUAUUGCUGCAUCAUGGCUCGUCUCCGAAAUUUUGGGUCUUUUUGAGAACUUCUCCGAUGCCAUCAAAGUCAUCAAAAAAAGGUUGAUGUUUCCGGAGGAGAGAGACUUGAUGGAACCACUGCGGAAAGCCGAAAAGAUUGUCGAUGAAGCUCUCAACAAAAUGAGGGCUCAGUUCAAGAACAUGAAGAAAAUCAGAACAAAAGCAGUACAAAAAGAGUGCCACAAUUGCACCGGAAUAUUGGCUAAGCAGGAAAAAGCUUUCUUCGAGAAGAACGCAAGCCAGAUAAAGCUGGAAGAGCUCAAAAAAGAACUCGAGGGUAUUGAAAGCGAGAAUGGAAUUCUCGUUGGGUCGAUUCAAAGUCUUCAGGCAAACUGUCGAGGAUUGGAAGAAACUAAGAGAAUGUUCAAACAGAAAACUUUGGAGGCUCAAGAAGCCCAAAGACGGUGGGAAGAAAUCAAAAACGCGAGAGCCAGUAGAGAUAUGGAGCAUCUCAUGAAUGAGAAAGUGAAACUGGAAAGUGAAGCUGCAAGACAAGAAAGGAUGAUUCAACAAAAUGAGGAACAAAUCGAGAGCAAUCGACAGCAACUUGUGAAAUUAGAAGAAGAAAACCAGUUAGGGCAGAAUGUCACCGCCAGAUUGGAGCAGCAAUAUGAAGAAGUUGCAAAUGAAAACACCAAAACGAAGGCUGAAAUCGAUGAAAUUGUUGCAGCUUUGGAGCAUCAGAAGAAUGUGGAAAAGAAUAGAAAAGAACAGGAAGCACGUACCAUGAAAGAACUUCAAAUGAAAAUGUUGCCAUCCACCAAGUUCAGUCCAUUCAACACACAACCAACACCCGAAUACAACAAGCAAUAUGCUGAAAGUGGCAACCAAAAAUUCAACCUUCCAACUAAAAAUUCGCGAGAAGUCCAAAUUAAAGAAACGAUCCCAAAAGCAACGUACACUUGCCAAAACCCAUCAGAGCCAUGGAGCCAGUUGAGAAGUGUUCUUGAUCUUCACCGCAGCUGCAAUCAGGAGAGAAACCAAGAGGUCACGGUAAACGUGUACAGUUCAACACAAGUGAGGGAGUAUCAUCAUAAUGUCGGAAAUGACCUUACAAACCGCAAUCUUCCACACAGCAAAAUGCAAAAUUCUCAAAUGAACCAAUCGAUCACGGCAAACGUCUACAGUCCACCACAAGUGAGAGAGCAUCAGCAUCAUGUCGACAAUUACUACAGAAAUCGAAAUCUUCAACGCAAUACGAUGCAAAAUCUCCACAUGAACCAGUCACAUACUGACACUGCACACAAUCAGCAAAAUGGGAAAAAAUACCUGCUUCAUGUCGAGAAUGCUCUCAAUAAUUUGAAUGCUAAAGACUGCCUGUUAAAUGUCGAUAAUGGCGCCUACAACUACAAUCUUCAAAGAAUCGACAUGCAAGUCUCUCAGCUGAAACAAUUGACUUCUGCAUCCGCUUACAAUCUGCGAAGCUCGAUGGAAAAUGUGCCACGUGUCGAGAAGGGCGCCUACAACUUCAACUUUCAAAGAAGCGCCAUUCAAAAUCCCCACAUGAAACGACCGGCUACUGCGACCGCUUACGAUAAAAAAGAUAUCAUGAAGUAUCUCGAAAAUGGACUCAACGAUUUGAAUCUUCAAAACAGCAUCAUGAAUGGUAAAGAGGGGAACCAAGCGAAUACUAAAACUGCUUACACUCAGCAAAAUACGAAUCAUUAUCAGCCUCAUAUGGAGAAUGGACUCUCAAACUUUGAAAUUCAAAGCAUCCAAGAAAAUGCAAGUUCGUCAACAGCGGAAUACACUCGAACAAUGAUGCCUUUUUUCCCAUUGCUGAGCAACUUGUACGACUGCCCACGAUGCGGCAAGAAGGUGGUUAAGCAUGAUCGGGACAGCUUGUGCGCUGACUGCGAAUUCAGGUGA